CUCUUAUUCCGGGUUGUAACUAAAUACUGUUGCGAGCACAGCCGAGGCCCUUUGUUGGAGAUGUGUGAGCGCAGUCUCUACAGAGCUGGCUAUGUGGGCUCGCUUCUGAAUUUGCAGUCACCGGACUCUUUCUACUUUUCCAACCUGCGGCCCAAUGGCAGCCAGUUGGCCGCGCUUCCCCCCAUUUCGUACCCUCGCGGUGCGCUGCCCUGGGCCGCUACGCCUGCCUCGUGCACCCCUGCGCAGCCUGCCACCGCCUCUGCCUUUGGGGGCUUCUCCCAGCCCUACUUGACCGGCUCUGGGCCUCUUGGCCUGCAGUCCCCAGGCGCCAAGGACGGACCCGAAGAACAGGUCAAGUUCUAUACGCCUGAUGCUGCCCCCGGAUCUGAGGAACGCAGCCGAACUAGGCCGCCCUUCGCCCCCGAGUCUAGCCUGGCUCACUCGGCUCUCAAAGGCACGAAGUAUGACUACGCGGGUGUGGGCCGAGCCGUUCCAGGCUCUGCAACCCUGCUCCAGGGGGCCCCCUGCGCCUCCGGCUUCAAGGAAGACCCCAAAGGCCCGCUCAACUUGAACGUGACAGUACAAGUGGCCGGGGUGGCCUCUUGCCUGCGAUCUUCGCUGCCCGACGGCCUGCCGUGGGGGGCGGCCCCGGGGAGGGCCCGCAAGAAGAGGAAACCGUACACAAAGCAGCAGAUUGCGGAGCUGGAGAACGAAUUCCUGAUCAAUGAAUUCAUCAACCGGCAGAAGCGUAAGGAAUUGUCGAACAGGCUAAACCUCAGCGACCAGCAGGUCAAAAUCUGGUUCCAGAACCGGCGCAUGAAGAAGAAGCGCGUGGUGCAGCGCGAGCAAGCCCUGGCGCUCUAUUAGUUGCUCACGAGGCGGCGGCGGCGGUGCCAAGCCUGCCCUUUUGGACCUAGGCCUGGCCAUGGAAGAGGUGCUGGGGCUGGGGAUUUUCCUCCCGCUCCUCCGCUGGUCUUGGGUGCCCUCCGGCUCAGUCUGAAGCCCUGGAGCUAGGAGGCGAUUUGGAGCUGAGGCCAGUGGGGGCCCCUUCGCUUCAGCUCUCUUUGAGACCCUCCUAAGAGGUGUUUGGGAAUUGCAGUCCAAUGGUGGCUUUAUGCAUUCAGCGUGGGGCUUGGGGUCACCUGCCCUUGUUGUCUGUGGUGUUUACAUCCAGGGCUUACCAGUGAAUCAUUGUAUUUGGGUUUUUCAGUUUCCAACCUGUUAGUUUUCUUUUUCUUUCUCUGUCCAGCUCUUUCUGCAUUUAACAGGAGCUAGCUAGAGCUCGGAGUAGAAGAGCGUAUAGGAAGGCCCUGAGAUGCCAUUGCAGUGGAAAAGGCUGAGGAUAACUCCAGCGUCUUUGCAGCGGAGGCCUCUUGUGACAAAGCCAGGCUGUGCAGUCUCAAGGAAGGAAAGGGCCUGAUAUCACGACAGCCCCCAUCUGCCCUGAAGGAUUUGGGGGGUGGGGGGGGUACCUUGGAAUCUCAGCUCUACGAAGGCUUCCCUGCUGGGUAGAAUGUGCUGGAAGGUUUCCUCCUCGGAGAUAGGAGAGAGAAAUUGGGGUUCCAGAACAAAUUACAAUCUCCAGGCAAGACUGGCAGGAUUCCCCUAACCCAACCUCAUCUAUCCCUGAGCCAAGACCAUGCACUCUGUAACUGGAGCCCUAGGACUGAACUGUGGUGAGGGGAGCUGCUGGCCUGUUUUGAGGCUUGGCUGCACAGGGAAGAGGAGGGAGGGAGGGAGGAGGAGAUUCCCUCCGCAUGCUGCAACUAUGACUUCCUUCUGGAAUGGAUGACAGUGUCCACAUGUCUUUCUUGAAUUACCUUAAUGUCACCACAAGAAGAGAGAGAGGGGGGAAAAGCCUCCUUGUGAAGUCUGGGGGUGGGAGAAGAGACCUCAGAUUCUCACUCAGCCUGUGGUUGCUGCUCUUGGAAGGCAGAAAGAAUCAGGAUUUCUCCUCCCAACCUCUCUACCACCCAGCAAUUCCAUCAAAGCUCAGUCAGUCACUGAACCCGUUCUCCGAGACACGUGUGGCCAGCUCUUGUAAAGCUUCUAAGGCCCUGAGUCCUGCCAGGUUUACCUUGAGGAACCUAGGUUUUCUGAAUGGAAAUUCUGAUGGAAUUGUUCUACAUUUGUUACAGAAUCCAUCCAGCCUUAUUCUCAGUGAACACAACCCGUCACACACACACACACACACACACACACACACACACACACACUUUGCCUCUUCUUUUGCGCUUUAGGCCCCACCCCCCACCCCCUAGCAAGAUCCACAACAUCCUAAAGGCUCGUGAUUCCUCCCCAAAGUCCAAUGGCUGUUCUUUAGUGCAGGUCCAGGAUCUGGACCUCGAAGGCCAUCUCACAAGGACCCUUGAGCCUCACCCCAACUGACCUCAGUUGGUGUUUUAAAUAAUAUCAUUUUUCUAUGCUAACAGUUGCCGUGGACAUUUUGUUCUGAUUAUGUAAAAUAACAUUUCCUUGUAUAUAUUAGCUGCAUAGUGAAAAUAAAUAUCCAGGUCCCAGCCACGUUGUGAGGGGGCUGAUGUUCAUUUUAGAAGACGCUUUGGAUUCUUUUGUAAUGUUUUGCAGGCCUCCCAAUUCGUUUUUGCCUUUCUCUGCUUGUUCUCUGGUGUUUGCUGUUCAUUAAAUGAGAAAAUGGCUUCCGAGGCAGUCAGGAAACAGUUACAAAAAACUAUGGACAGAAUAUGUGUGAAAUAUCCAAAGUGGGGAAGUCCUUGGGCAGAUGUGAGUGUAUCUCAAACACAAAGAAAACUCUGAGUUUGUAGAUUGAGGAUUCUCCAUUUUGCCUAAAUUCUCAAACCCGCGAAAGCUUGCUAUUAUUGGUGGGGGAAGGGGGAGAGUCAAGAUUUGAGACUCCUCAGAUUUCAAAACAAAACAUCUCUCUGCCAAAUUUUGGUCAGCCUUUUCAGGACCAAGCUACGUCCUAGAAAGAUCCCCUAGGCAAUUGCACCAGGAGUUCAGCAGGCUCCCUUGGGAAUUCCACCCUAUGCCUUUGGAGCCUGGAGCUCAUUCAAGUAAAGCCAGGGCC